UUUUUUUUUUUUAAAGAUUUUCAAAAUGGCGGACGAUGUUUCGGACUCGGUUUGUUGCCUCUCUAGUGAUAAUGUCUCUGAUAUGGCGCACAUCCUGCUAAUUGAACCGUUCUGUGGAGGAUCGCAUAGGCAGUUGAUGGAGAUCUUGGGAUCUCAAGUGUGUGGCACCGUGCAUUACUGCCUAUCCGCUAAAAAAUGGCACUGGCGAAUGAGAACUGGCGCCCUGUACUUUUCUCAAAAUAUCCCGAAAAAUUCCCGAUAUAGGAUACUCUUUGCUAGCUCUGUUCUAAAUCUAUCAGAGCUAAUUGCACUUAGACCAGACCUUGCCGCUUUGAGAAAGAUUAUUUAUUUCCAUGAAAACCAGCUAGUAUACCCUGUGCGUAAGCAACAAGAAAGAGACUUUCAGUAUGGCUACAACCAAAUUCUGUCCUGUCUUGUUGCAGAUGUUGUUGUUUUCAACUCUUUAUUCAAUAUGACGUCCUUCCUCAACAAUAUUGACUCCUUUUUAAAACUGAUGCCAGAUCAUAGACCCAAUGGGAUUUAUGAUCAGAUAAAACCUAAGUGCCAAGUGGUGUAUUUCCCUCUACAAUAUCUAGAUAUAUCAAAACUGGAGCUUGAAAAUCAGAACCCCAGGUCUUGUAGGCCUCUUCAUAUUGUUUGGUCACAUAGAUGGGAGCAUGACAAAGAUCCUGAGCUGUUUUUCCAAACGCUUUUUCAUCUAAUUGAAGAAGGUCUCAGCUUUAAUGUAUCCGUUUUGGGGGAGGGAUUUUCACAAACUCCAGAUGUAUUCCAUAAAGCUCGUCCACUGUUAGGUGAAAGAGUUCUUCAUUGGGGCUACCAAGAAUCAAGAUCAAAAUAUCUUGAAAUAUUAAAGGAUGCUGAUGUGGCUGUAUCCACUGCAAAGCAUGAAUUCUUUGGAGUUGCAAUGCUAGAAGCUGUACAGUGUGGCUGCUAUCCUCUUUGUCCUAAAGAUCUUGUCUACCCUGAAAUAUACCCAGAACAGUAUCUCUAUUCAACGCCAGGCCAGCUUGCAAAGAGGCUUCGUUAUUUAUGCAAAAAUCCUGGGUUUGCAAGACAUCACAAGACAGUGAUCAAUCUUGAAAAAUUUACUUGGGACGUUGUUAAACAAUCCUACAUGGAUCUUUUGGGCUUCGAUGAUAUAACUUCCAUUUGAGUAGUGGCAAUCCUUCACCUGCUCCAUCCCGUUUUAUCGGGUAAGCUGCCUCCUCAAGCCAUCCCAAGCCUACCUUUUAAUGAUCCAAAUAAUGUCACAGCGUGUGCAUCUAUAGCACCGUGUAAUGACAUGUCGUGUGUAUCUAUAGCACCGUGUAAUUACACGCCGUGUGCAUUCACAAGACCGUGUAAUGACACGCUGUGUGCAUCAAGGACGUCUGUAGUGACACAAGUCGUGCGCAUUUAUAAGCUCAUCUAACCCACCCCUUGACGGACAAUAAGUGGGUCAUUUCUUUUUAAAUCUUCAAAUGCAAUGCUUUUUCCUUAUGAUACCUGUGACUGCGCACUCCCCCCAUCUGCCAAUCCUGGGUACGCGCCUGGUUUAAUGGAACAGUUCACAAUAACUGUUGAAAAUGUAGGAAAAAGGAGGAAUGACAUUUGGAUAACCAUUGCUUAGCCAUCGUAACUUCUAGCGAGGGGGUCUAUUACUACAGCUACUACGUCGCUCUCUCUCUCCCUCUCCCUUCUAGAAUCCAAGGCGAGAUUGAACCAUAAUCAAACAAUUCUUCAAGACCUUUUAGUACAGCAGCCAGUGCUAGUGAAGUAAAUACGUAUGGAAGAGUAUCCGAAGUUUUCGUUCAUGCAACAUCUUCCUCGUAGAACAAUAUUACAUUUUCUGAAAACCGGAGUUAGAAACGCCCAAAGACGUCCUGAACUAAGAUAACCGCUGAAUCAAUUCGAUUCUGGUUGACACCUUUGUCAGAAGAAAGAAAAAGUAGGGCCAGUGCUAAGCCGGUGUGCAAACUGCCCCAACACAUGGCGAGCAUGUUGGUAAUAAGUUCACGCGUCACUGGCCUUUGAUGCAUAACCAAAGGCAACCCAAGACUCCAUCAUUUUUCUUGUGUUUUUUAAAAGGCAGCCCAAGAGUCCGCUGGAUUCCGGUUGGAUUCGGGUCUAUUGGUCCCCUGAAAAAAAAAACAAUGAAUUUAAUCUGAUAAUUAGAAAGUAGUACGUGGGAUGGUGUUAUGCAUGAUACAUUUCAGUCAUACAUCCUUUUCACGUCCAAAAAAUUGCGAUGUUUUCUUUGAUUUUGAAAGCGAUGCAAAUGGGCCCAGCAUUGCUGCAACAGCAAAGCUGUGAUCGGCUCGAAUGACCACGAGACAAAGGAGACGCUGGCAAACAGUUGGCCAAAAGUUUGAACUCAAUCAAAAUUUCGCCAACACUUGCCAGCACCAGUCAGCACCUCCCCAACACGGUGUUCAAACUGCGCCAGUAUUGCUGGGCCAACAUCUCGCCCAGCGUCUCGCCAGCCUGGCGCAGUUUGCACGGGGCUUUAGACUGCUGAAGUCAGAUUACUGCUCUGGAACCCACCCUAUGUUGUUUCGUAGACCACCGCCUUGUUAUUAGGAUGAAUGGUUCCGGUUCUUGAGCUUGAUUUUUAGACUCGUGCUAAUAAUAAUUGGAAGUGGGGCGUAAAAUCAGGGUACUUCUGGAAAUGAUAAAAAAAUAAAAAUUACUUGUAUAGCGCCAUGAACUACUUACUAGCUCUCAUAGAGCGCUUUACAAUUCUUACUAUAAAUAAAAUGUAGGAGAACCCGAGUUUUACUCAUGUUACCUGUAAAAACCUAAACUGCUAUGCUAUUUUAGGGCUACUUAUUGAUUUUG